AUGGCUUCCUACGGUCUGCUGAGCCAACCCGAAGAAGAUUCGCUCCACAAGUCGCGCCUGCUCAACGUUGAAGAAAAGCCAUUCAAGCGGAUAUCGAAGCGUGUUCUCAACCCCGACUCCCUGAUUGUCUCACAUGGCUCGCCCCCUCUCACCCCUCCCCCCGAGGGAUCCGACGCCGACGCGACAGCAGCCGCAGAAGCCGAGAAGCAGAAACGCCUCGAAGAAUGGCGCCAUUUCCGCGAGGAUGUGACCCUCGACUUCGCCGCCUUCGAGGGCAGCAUCGCGCGCAUCCAAUUUCUUCUCACCAGCAACCAACAAGAGCGUGAGCGCUACGCGACCGAGAAGCUCCGGAUUCUGUCGACGAUGCAGGCCGUCCGCGAUAACACGACCGAGUUACGGAGUCAGCUGGAAGAAGCGCAGCGACUUCUCGCUUUGCGAAAGACCUACGACGACCUAACAGAGAAGAUCACAAGCAAUCGCCUGCUCAAGCCUCGCGAGGACCAGCAGACAAACCUUCAGAAACUGCAGGUGGAGAUCACCGAGCUGGAGAAGGAAAGCAAAGACUACGCGACGACGUGGGCUGAGCGUCGCGAGCAAUUCGGCCGUAUUGUGGAGGAGGGCAUGCAGCUGCGGCGUCUGAUUCGCGAUGAGAAGGAAGAGGUCGAACGCAGGGAAGGUAUGCAGGAGGGCGAGGACGCAGAUGAAGGCGAUGUCGCCUCCAAGGGUAAGGCCAGCGGCGCAACAAGCCCUCGGCCUGAAAGCGAUGGCAUCAUCCCGUCCCCAAGCCAAGACGAGAGCAAUCGGCCGUCUGGUCUACAGGUUGACAAGACUUCGGGGGCCACUGGCGCCGCCUCGCCUUUGCGGCAAGUCACCAGCGCCGAGGAAGACAAGGGCACAGGCGACCAGGAAGACACGAACAUGGUGGAUGAGGGUGAGGUAUCUGAUGAUGCUGGGGAACAGUCUGAUGGCCUCGAGGAAGGCGAAGAAUUGCCCGAUGAUCGCACGGGCGAGAAGAUGGAUACCACAUGA